GUUGUGCUGUGGCAGCAAACCGAUACCAAUAAAACAAUACAAAGUUUUGCAAAAGAGUGUAAUUGUUUACAUUUUUGUGUAUAUUUUGGUGUUUUCUUUUAUGUAGGCAAUAAAUCAUUUAAUUCUACAGAAUAUGAAGACAUGCACAUAGUUAUUUCUCUACUAAAGAGCAAAUUUCGAUGAUAUAAAAUUCUGUUCUCACAAUGUCAUUGUCAGAAGAAAUUGUAUUACCUUCUGGUAGCAGUUUAGAUUAUACUUUGGAAUAUGGAAGCAAUACCGAGAUUGAUAAACCAAAUACAAUAAACGACCGCGAGGCCGCCAGUCCAAAGUUAUUGCAAGUUUCAACUAUAGGAAAAGAUAGCUUUAAUGAUAGCCCAUUGCAGCUGUCUGACUCAGAAGCAGAAGAUGAUCCUUUGCCAUGUAUUGAAGAAGAACAUAUUGAAUCGAAUUGUGAUCCUGGUGAUAAUACACAGAACGAUGGUGUAGAACCUAAUAAAGUCGACAAUAGUCACUCACUUGUAGAAGAACCAAUUAUUUCUAACCAUUCUACCAAUAAAGUAACAGAAGUAGUAAUAGCCGAAACAAAUAUGAAAUCUCUUGUGGAGGAAAAUGGAAAUAAUGUGGAAAAUAAUAAAGUAAAUGAACAAAUCAUUCAUGAUGUUCACAAUGUUUACGAAUCACAAAACUCUGUAAAUAUAGAAGGUAAGGAUGUCAUAUCAUCAAAUGAAUCAAAGGAACAAAAAGCUGACGACACAAAUAUUUUAUGUUCGGAAUCAAUAACAGAUUCCAAAUUGCUUGAAAAAGAAAUAUUGGAUUCGAAUGAUUCAAGCAAUCAUGCAACUACAGGUGGCGACUUAGAUUCUAACCUAUCUGAUAAGUCUGAACCUAAGCAAUCAGAUCGUACAGAAUCUACCAAAGAUAUAGAAAAUGUAAGCAUGAAUGGUAGUUCUGAAACGAAUAACGUUAAUAUGGAAACUAAUUUUCUAUAUUCUGAUGGCGUUGAAAAUGAUCAAAAUGGGAAUUCUGAUAAUGUAAGUGAAGAGUUUUUGUCUCCAGAAGAGAAUGAAAAUGAAUGUUUUGAUCAAACGUUCGACGCAAAUAAUUUAUUGGAAGCGGUUGAUACCAACUCCGCAAGUGCGAAUAAUAAUUUAGUCAAUAAUUUUCUUAUGGAGAAGCAGAAUGAAAUAACAAAUGGUGAGGUUAAUUCAUCAGAAUCUACAGUUAUUUCGAACCAAAACAAUAUAGAUGAAAAUGGCUUUCAGGAGCAAAAUGAAUCCAAUAAUGAUUCAAUGACUGAGGUUGAAUUCACAGAAUUGGUUACAACUUCACAAGAGGUGGAAAUGACUUCUAGACAGGCAAAGCGUACAGGAGAUGAUGAGUUGACCGAUGAAGAUUCUUCCUCUAACAAAAGAAUGAAAGUUGACGAUACUAUCAGCAUUGAAGAUGAUGAUGAAACACGGUCGACCACAAAAACUGAUGAGAGCGAUGAAAGAAUAAAACGCAGGCGCGGUAGAAUUGAGCGUGUUUUCAAAACAUAUGAUUUAAUGCGAGAUAGUCUGGUCGGGAUGUCCCGCGAGGAUAUGGAAUGGUUUGUAGCAGGAAAAAUUGUCGAUGCAAUCGAUGCAGGAAGUGAUUUGCAACGCGCGCGCGACCUCAUCGAUGGUUUGCAACGUCGUGUAAGCAAACUUGAAUCGCAGCUUACAAUUGCCACUAAACAUGUAAAAGACCUUGAUUUCUUGCACGGUAAGUGCAUGUCAAGUAUAAAUAUGGCAAGAUUGCGAAAUGGUCAAUUACUCGCUCAUCCUCACUAUGUAACUAGAUCUGUAGGUUUGCAGGUUUGUAUAACGGGAAGCUCAAUAGUAAAUUUCAACCCCAAAAGAUCUAAUAAAAAUAAUGAUGAUACUGCGGAUACAAAUCAGCAAUCGCUAAACUCUCAAAAACAGGUAAAGCAACCAAAUCAGUCGCAACCAAAGGAAACGACAUUGACUAACAACCAGAUAAAUUCAAAUACUGCCACUCCUCCAUUGCCAGUAAAAUUAAUAAAGAAUCUUACUGCUCUUACAAAUACUUCAAAUUCAAGAGGUGAUGUCACUAUUGUAGAUCUCACAGCAGAAGAAGAGGAAAAUUCUAUGAGCAAAAAAAGUAAAGUAGAUGGAAAGAAUUCAAGACCUACAUCGAACACUAGUUCGCCAAUGAGUUGGUCGAGUCCUGGUUCCAAUUCAAUUGGAAGUGCUGCUAGUGGUACUUUCAUGACAACUAAACGUCUGCCACCGCUGCCAAGCUGCCAGUAUGCUGCUCCGACACGGUACAGCAACAACCACGGUAUUGUAAUAUCAUGGACUAUGCCAGACGAAACUCUCGAUCAAGCUAAGAUUGCCAGCUACCAAAUAUAUGCAUAUCAAGAAGGGGACACUGCAACUAGUUCAGGCAAUCUUUCAUCAGAUCUUUGGCGAAAAGUUGGAGAUGUAAAAGCAAUGGCUCUUCCUAUGGCUUGCACACUUACACAGUUUACUCUUGGAAACAGGUAUCAUUUUGCAGUUCGCGCAGUGGAUGUUCAUAGUCGUGUAGGAAACUUCAGUGUUCCAAAAAAUAUACAACUGAAUGAUAUGGUGUAA